AUGGCACUAUCGACAACAGGAAAUCUGAGUGAGGCCAAAGCCGCCCCUAAGUCAGAAACCAAAGGUGGAGCUGGUGGUGCUGCCUUCAAAUCCAUCAGUCCAGCAAGGAGUCCCACGAAGGGCGGAGACUUUGAUGUAGUGAAGGUAUCACGCAUUGCGAGUAUUGCCAUAAAACCUACGGGGGCUGGCAAUGGUUAUUCCUACCGAUCGUCUCUUGGAGGUGGCAAGAAGGCGUUUCACAAGAACGAAUCGAGCCCGAAGAAAGACAAAAGUAAGGAAAAGCAAAUUCCUGAAAAAAAGGAAACCUACAGCAGUGUUGUAAGCAAAGGAAAGAACGAAGAAAAGACGGAAUCAAGGACCAAGCAGAAAAGCAGUGGUGCAUCCACCAACGAGAAGACAAAAAGCAGACAAACGACGAGAUCUGAACACGAGAAAAGGAGCAGCAGCAGCAGCAGCAGUGUUGGCAAGAAAGAUUCCUCCAAAGGCGACAAAACAGUUCGGAAUAGAGCGAUUCGAGAACUACAAGAAAGAGAAGAGGAGGAGGAAUCAUCUGAUGAAGAAAUCAUCCCGGGCAAUGAUCCCAUGGACAUAGUCAGAGUUUCGCCUUAUGAGGGGAAUGCCAAUGCUGAAAAGGAGGUCAAGCUAUUCGAAGACUUACACAGCGUGCUGACCGAAGGCAGCAUUAAGGCUUCCAAAAUAUUUGGAGAAGUGAAUGCAAGAAUAAUGGUCCGAGCAUACAACCAAAUUGAUCAGUCUGGUAUGGUUUACAGCCAAGAGUGGGUCGACGGAGUUAUGCGUGGUAACCAUGUUGGAGUACUUCCGAAGGACCUUUUGCUUCUUUGUUUGAUCUCCAAUCGGCUAACCAAGGUGGACGAAUUCUUGAUGGCUGGGUUGACAAGAGAUUUGGAAUUGAUCAAGAUUAUCAAGGAAGCUGUUGAAGCCUGGGAUCUCGAGGACGACUAUAGGAAGAUUGCUGGAACGUCGGGAACUCUGAAGAACUUUACCUUUAGUAGUAAACGACGACAUUGCUUCAAAUGCGAAAUUUUUGUAGCGCGAGCGUACAGCUGCUAUAAGGCGUUUGGUUCCAAGGGACGCGUGGAUAAGUCACUCAUGGCAAAGGUCCGCAAGUGCCUGGAAAUCAUGGAGUCUCGAGUGCCCCAGCCAAAAGGCAAGGACAGCAAAAAACGGAAAAAGAGUUUGGAGAAACCUGUUGUGAUAGAGCCUCCUGUAGUGAUGGAGCAACCAGUCAAGGAAGAUCCUCCUCCUCCUCCAAAGCGAAAGCGAGGAAGACCUCCAAAGAAAAUUGAGGUCGCAGCCCAAGCAUUCGAGGAAUCGGACGAGAGUGUGAUGGAUCAUGAUGAUGAUAAUAUGGUGGAAGUUCCUGUGGAAGUCGCCCCUCGAUCGUCUAUGGGCGGAGCAGCUACUAGUAACAACAGCAACAACUCGAAGAAACGUGCAAAGAAAGAACCAAUGUCAGCCAUUGACAUUAUCGCGAAAUUUGAAGAGCAAUACCAUGGAGUAGGGAAAAUGUAUCUAGAAAUGGGAAAGACUUUGGCGUUGCUGAAGAGUACCAUAGAAGAAGACCAGUCAAAUCGAGAGCAAGAUAUACGCGAUGAAGUUCGAGGAGAACUCGUGGCAGAAAUGCAAAAGCGAAUCACCAAAAAAUAA